UCAGCUGGCCCACUCCGUGUCUGAGCGGCCGCGCCCGCGGGCCGUAAGCUCCGACUGGCUGCGCCGCGGCGGGGGGCGGCCCGUAGGCGCACACACCCUCCCCGCGCAGCCAAUGGGCGUGCGCGCGUCACUGACCCGGCGGCCCGCGAGCCGGCAAUCCCUCAAUAAGCCACAUUGUUGCAAGAAACUCCAGCACAGGAGUCCCAGCCCGCCGCUAGCACCGCCGUGACACCUAGCCGAGAAGAUCCGCGGGCGAACGCAGCCCACGUAUGAGCCAGAGAGGUCCGGUCGCCCUAGUGAAGCCGGACUUCGAUUCUUUCUCAAGUUGAGCCUUAGUGAUCUUGUGGCUGAAGUUAGUACUUUGACAGUGGGACAUCGAAACACGUCGCCUGGAGUGAUUCUUGGUCUUUCAACAGUUGCGACUACCAAAACCUGUUUUUAGAGACCCGAAACCCUCCAGCCGGGCGCGCCAUCGUGUGCUUUCUUUGUGUGCCUCCCGGACUCACCAAUCCCGGCCGGGCCGCCAAGUCCAGGUACAAAGCGGUCCGAUCGCCGCACUCUCCUACCCCGCACGCGCUCCGGCCUCGGUUUCCCAACUCUGUUCCGUCGGGAGUUGGCAGGAUGAUUGCCUCACAUCUGCUCGCCUACUUCUUUACGGAGCUCAACCACGACCAAGUGCAGAAGGUUGACCAGUAUCUCUACCACAUGCGUCUUUCUGAUGAUACUCUUCUGGAGAUUGCUAAGCGGUUUCGUAAGGAGAUGGAGAAAGGGCUUGGAGCCACCACUCACCCCACAGCUUCAGUAAAAAUGCUGCCUACUUUUGUGAGGUCUACUCCAGACGGGACAGAACAUGGAGAGUUCCUGGCUCUGGACCUUGGAGGGACCAACUUCCGUGUGCUUUGGGUAAGAGUAACAGACAAUGGACUCCAGAAGGUUGAGAUGGAGAACCAGAUCUAUGCCAUCCCUGAGGACAUCAUGCGAGGCAGUGGCACCCAGCUGUUUGAUCACAUUGCUGAAUGCCUGGCCAACUUCAUGGAUAAGCUACAAAUCAAAGAUAAGAAGCUCCCUUUGGGUUUUACCUUCUCCUUCCCCUGCCUCCAAACAAAACUAGACGAGAGUUUCCUGGUCUCAUGGACCAAGGGGUUCAAGUCCAGUGGUGUGGAAGGGAAAGAUGUGGUUACUCUGAUCCGGAAGGCCAUCCAGAGGAGAGGGGACUUUGAUAUUGAUAUUGUGGCUGUAGUGAAUGAUACCGUUGGGACCAUGAUGACCUGUGGCUAUGAUGACCAGAACUGUGAGAUUGGUCUCAUUGUGGGCACGGGCAGCAACGCUUGCUACAUGGAAGAGAUGCGCCACAUUGACACAGUGGAAGGCGAUGAGGGCCGGAUGUGUAUCAAUAUGGAGUGGGGGGCCUUUGGGGAUGACGGCGCGCUUGAUGACAUCCGUACGGAGUUUGACCAGGAGAUCGACAUGGGCUCUCUGAACCCCGGGAAGCAACUAUUUGAGAAGAUGAUCAGUGGAAUGUACAUGGGGGAACUGGUGAGGCUUAUCCUGGUGAAGAUGGCCAAGGAGGAGCUGCUCUUUGGGGGGAAGCUCAGCCCUGAACUUCUUGCCACAGGCCAUUUUGAGACCAAAGAUGUUUCAGAUAUUGAAGGGGAGAAGGAUGGCAUCCGGAAGGCCCGUGAGAUCCUGGUGCGGCUGGGGCUGAACCCGACGGAUGAGGACUGUGUGGCUACUCAUCGGGUCUGCCAGAUCGUGUCCACACGCUCGGCCAGCCUGUGUGCGGCUACGCUGGCGGCCGUGCUGCGGCGCAUCAAGGAGAACAAAGGCGUGGACCGGCUGCGCUCCACCGUCGGGGUCGACGGCUCCGUCUACAAGAAGCACCCCCAGUUUGCCAAGCGUCUUCACAAGACCGUGCGGCGCCUGGUGCCUGACUGUGACGUCCGCUUCCUCCGCUCUGAGGAUGGCAGCGGCAAGGGGGCAGCCAUGGUGACGGCAGUGGCCUAUCGGCUGGCCGAUCAGCACCGAGCCCGCCAGAAGACCCUGGAGUCUCUGAAGCUGAGCCGUGAGCAGCUGCUGGAGGUCAAGAAGAGGAUGAAGAUAGAAAUGGAGCGAGGUCUGAGCAAGGAGACUCACGCCAUUGCUCCCGUCAAGAUGCUGCCCACCUACGUGUGUGCCACCCCUGACGGCACAGAGAAAGGAGACUUCCUGGCCUUGGACCUUGGGGGCACCAAUUUCCGGGUCCUGCUGGUGCGUGUGCGGAACGGGAAGCGCCGCGGGGUGGAGAUGCACAACAAGAUCUACUCGAUCCCGCAGGAGGUCAUGCACGGCACAGGGGACGAGCUCUUUGACCACAUCGUCCAGUGCAUUGCGGACUUCCUGGAGUACAUGGGCAUGAAGGGUGUGUCCCUGCCUCUAGGUUUCACGUUCUCCUUUCCCUGCCAGCAGAACAGCCUAGACGAGAGCAUCCUCCUGAAGUGGACUAAAGGCUUCAAGGCGUCUGGCUGCGAGGGUGAGGAUGUAGUUAUGCUGCUGAAGGAAGCCAUCCACCGGCGAGAGGAGUUUGACCUGGACGUGGUUGCCGUGGUGAACGAUACAGUUGGGACUAUGAUGACCUGUGGCUAUGAAGACCCUCACUGUGAAGUCGGCCUCAUUGUUGGCACAGGCAGCAAUGCCUGCUACAUGGAGGAGAUGCGGAAUGUUGAGCUGGUGGAAGGGGAAGAGGGGCGGAUGUGUGUCAACAUGGAGUGGGGGGCCUUUGGGGACAACGGAUGCCUCGAUGACUUGCGCACAGAAUUUGAUGCAGCUGUGGAUGAACUUUCCCUUAACCCCGGCAGGCAGAGGUUUGAGAAAAUGAUCAGCGGCAUGUACUUGGGCGAGAUUGUUCGUAACAUCCUCAUCGAUUUCACCAAGCGUGGGCUGCUUUUCCGUGGCCGCAUCUCAGAGCGGCUCAAGACAAGGGGAAUCUUUGAAACCAAGUUCCUGUCUCAGAUUGAGAGUGACUGCCUGGCCCUGCUGCAGGUCCGUGCCAUCCUGCACCACUUAGGGCUCGAGAGCACCUGCGAUGACAGCAUCAUCGUCAAGGAGGUGUGCACCGUGGUGGCUCGACGGGCAGCCCAGCUCUGUGGCGCAGGCAUGGCCGCUGUAGUGGACAAAAUACGAGAAAACCGUGGGCUGGACACCCUCAAAGUGACAGUGGGUGUGGACGGGACCCUCUACAAGCUACAUCCUCACUUUGCCAAAGUCAUGCAUGAGACGGUGAAGGACUUGGCUCCAAAAUGUGAUGUGUCCUUCCUGGAGUCAGAAGAUGGCAGUGGGAAGGGGGCAGCUCUCAUCACUGCUGUGGCCUGCCGCAUCCGAGAGGCUGGACAACGGUAGAGCCCCUGCAAUUGGAAGGACUUUCUCUGGUUUCCCUUCUUUCCUGCUUUAAAUUAUCAGAUGCUGUUCCCCUUGUGUCAGAAA